AUGGGGAAGUCCAACGCUGCGACGACGAGCUCCAAAACCAGCUCCAAAAGGGUUUGCCCGGCGGAUUACCCUGAAGCGACCAGCCCAGUUUCUCCAACCGGCAGUGAUACAAUGGAUAUCUUAAUCUCCAUCGACGGGAUGCUACCCAGUAUCGAUGCCCGGCUCUUCCAGCUGGAAAUUCUUCACAACAACUCCAGCCCCACCCUGAGGGUGGCAAAGGAGAGCCCCAGCCAGAGCCGCCUGCAGUCUUGGGGCACAGUCCCCAGUGGGCGCAGAUUGGCAGCCGCCGGCCUCGCCAGGGAGAGGCCAUCCAGUGCGGCCCGAGUGAAGGGUCCAGGCCCCCAGGAGCUUAGAGGCGGCCCCCCACCACCCCCCAAAGGCAGAGGGCCCGAAGGUCUGCAUCAGCACCUGACCAGCUCUCUGUUAGCUGUGGCGUUCCUGACCUCCUUUGGAAGCUCUAUGCUGUACGGCUACAAUCUGGCUGUCGUCAACUCCCCAGCUAUAUACAUAAAGGACUUCUACAACAAGACUGUGUUGAGUCGCAAUGGAACAGGACUCAGUGGGGAGACCUUGACUCUUAUGUACUCUCUGACGGUGUCUGUCUUUGCUAUUGGAGGUCUGCUGGGUUCACUCAUAGUGGGGAUUCUGGUCUCUCGCUUUGGCAGGAAAGGCACAGUCAUAAACACAACGGUGCUAGUCUUUAUUGCUGGCUCACUAAUGGGCUUCAGUAGAAUUUGUGGCUCCCCUGAGAUGGUCAUCCUUGGGCGCUUCAUCACUGGAAUUCACUCAGGUAUAUCUUUAAGUGUUGUACCAAUGUACCUGGGUGAGAUAGCACCAAAAAACUUGAGAGGGUUCUUGGGUCUUGUUCCAAGCAUCUUCAUUGGCACUGGAGUCUUUGCUGCUCAAGUUCUUGGCCUCCAUGAACUUCUAGGAAAGGAGGAGCACUGGCCCCUCUUUCUGUCUGUGGUGGUGGUACCUACGUUCAUCCAGCUGAUGUUGUUGCCUUGGUUUCCAGAGAGCCCUAGAUACCUGCUGAUUGAAAAACACAACGUCCAUGCCACAAUCACAGCUCUGAAAUGGUACAGAGCCAAGUGUAAUAUCCAGGCUGAGAUUGAAGAGAUGCAGGAGGAGCAGCGCUCUCUGUCAUCGGUAGAAACUCUGUCAGUAUGGAAACUACUGCUGGAUGACACAGUCCGCUGGCAGGUGCUCAGUGUGGUUGUCAUCAAUAUUGGCAUGCAGCUGUCUGGUAUUGAUGCUAUCUGGUUUUAUACAAAUGACAUCUUUGAGAACGCAGGUAUCCCGGCCAUAGAGAUCGAGUACACCACCGCAGGAACAGGAAUCAUCGAGAUCAUCGCUGGACUCGUUGGGUGUUUCACCAUAGAGAAGCUGGGAAGAAGACCUCUCAUGAUUGGGGGUUUUGCAGUGAUGGGCAUAUGCAGCACUGGAAUCACAUUAUCCCUCAUUCUACAGACUCACAUUUUAUUUAUGCGUUACAUCAGUGUCUGCUGUGUAGUCGGGAUCAUUGCUGGCUUCUGCAUCGGUCCAGCGGGGGUCCCCUUUUUGAUUACAGCAGAGCUGUUCAAACAGUCCCAUCGUCCUGCUGCGUAUAUCAUCGGAGGGUCUCUGAACUGGCUGUCCAACUUCACGGUGGGCUUUGUUUUCCCCUUCCUACAAAUGUCUGCUGGCUCCUACUGCUAUUUGGUUUUUGCCACUAUUUGUGUGUCUGUGGCUGUUUAUGUUUACAUUGUGAUUCCGGAAACCAAAAACAAAACCUUUAUGGAGAUAAGUCGGAUGUUCUCUAAGAAGGAGGCCGUCCUGGAGACCCAGGGCCUGAUCCAUGUGGACCACCUCAAGCUAAAGAAAAUGAAUGGCUACGGUGGUGUGGAGAAUGCUUCGCUGGAGUUUGACAGCUCAUCUUCGGUACCUUAA